CGAACUUGUUGCCGUUUCGUGCAUAUUCGGUCUCACUUCGUCUAUGUUCGAUCGUUUCUGUAAUGGCCGCUGCGCGUUGAGGGCGCCUCUGUUCACUUGUUUAGCGUCUCGCUAUGCGACGUUGCCAACUUUAUUGACUUUAAGUACAAAUGAAGACAAAACGUACGCGCGUGGAGUAGAACUUGUAGCCGGCAGCUUUCUGUCUGAAUUAAAGUGAAACUAAAGUAUUUCUAAUAACAAUUAAUAAAAUCGUGUUUAAAAAUGUUGUAACACGCAAAAUAUCUAUAAGUCUUUGUCAUAAAAUCUGAUUUGUGAAAGGUGUUGGUGGUAAAUGUGAAGAUAUAACUGAGUACACUAUAUAUAUGUUUAGUAGAAGUGGUUAUUCAAAUUUUAAUUGAAAGGACAUGCAUUUUGUACGUUUUGAAACACAAAGGAUAAUUUGAAGUACUGGCUGCAGGGCAUAAAGAAACUGGUUGUCCGAAAGCGGCGAUUGUAAUAUGGGGGACCGAGGCGCGACGGGGGGCGCUUGGGGUGCGCGCGACGAAGCCUCGUGGUGGCCGGGUGGCGCAGGUGAACUACAGCACCAACAACAAUUAAAUGAAGACAUUGCAAGAAGCACUGCUACUGCCACUCAUCAAUUAUAUACUUACAAAAUGACUAGUGGAUUUUCAAAUAAUGGUGGCGAUAAUUCCACAACGAAUUAUGAUUAUCGUAUUAUGACCGGUAACAACACCAGAGAAGAAUCUCCGCAACAACAAUGGUGGUACUCCUCUGGAACUGUCGAAUCUCAACAAAAUUCAUCUCCUACGCCUCAAAACCAGUCAAGUCCCGAUUCUGAACAGGGCAACCAACAGGCGAAUGGUAUCCAACAGAAUCACCAGAGCUUACAACAAGCUCAGCAGGAGCAGAGUCAGGCUAUACAGCAACAACAAAGUCAGUUGCAGCAACAGUUGCAACAACAACAACAGCAGCAGAAUCUGCAACAAGCACUGCAGAAUCAACAGCAGACCUUGCAGCAGAUGCUGCAACAACAUCAACAAAAUCAACAACAACAACAGCAGCAGCAACAACAACAGCAGCAGCAACAACAGCAGCAGCAACAACAACAACAGCAGCAGCAGCAGCAACAGCAACAACAACAAUUGGCACAGAGUUUGCAACAAACUUUGAAUGUGAGCCAAGCACAAGCACAAGCAAUUGUGCAAGCCCAGGCAGUGUUGCAACAACAAGUUGCUCAGACACUGCAACAACAAUCUCUCCAGGAUCAUAUGCAAGUAGUCCAACAACAACAAAUUCAAGCUGCUUUGCAAAGACAAUCUGCUACAUUACAGGAGCUGCAGCAACAAGCGCAACACCAAGCAUUACUGGCGCAAACAACCGCGACCAAAGGCAGGAUGCCGCGGGCCCGGCCCUACAACAAGCCGCGUGGGCGCAUGACCGCCUACGCUUUUUUUGUACAAACUUGUCGCGAAGAACACAAGAAGAAGCACCCUGAUGAAAAUGUAAUUUUUGCAGCUUUCUCCAAGAAGUGCGCUGAGAGGUGGAAUACCAUGUCAGAGAAGGAGAAGCUGAGGUUCCACGAGAUGGCAGAGCAGGACAAGAGACGCUACGACCUGGAGAUGCAGAACUACGUGCCGCCCAAAGAUGUGAAGGUGCGCGGGCGCAAGCGGCAGGUCAAGGAUCCCAACGCGCCCAAGAGAUCGCUCUCCGCAUUCUUCUGGUUCUGCAACGACGAACGUUCCAAAGUGAAGGCGAGCAACCCGAUGUACUCUAUGGGAGACAUCGCCAAGGAGUUAGGUCGGCUGUGGGCGGCCGCUGAUGCCGAGACUAAGUCCAAGUACGAACAGCUCUCAGAACAAGACAAGGCGAGAUAUGAUAGGGAGAUGACUGCGUACAAGAAGGGCCACUUACUAGCGCAGCAGAAACAAGAACAGAAGGAAGACGAGGUACAUGAUUUUGAAACCGAGGAAUACGAAGCGGAGGCCACAGCUUAGUGUCAUGGCGUCAUACCCCCAAACUGUGACUUUGCGGAUUUGUAAAUUAUGUGAGUUUUGAUGGUUUUCACGCACUAGUAGUGUUCCCUCUGGCGGUUGCAAAGCGAAAGUAAUGCAAUACAGUUUGACAUUACUGAGGCCACUUUUUUUCUGAUACUCAGUUACACUUGUGACUCUUCCGAUUUCUGAAUGAAAAUAUAAUAAAUCGUUUAAGGAAUAAAAUAUUUAUGGAGUGGAAAUAUACAGCACUUACAUAAUGUAAAAUUAUUAUGAUGAAAGAUAUGGUUAAGUAGCAUGCAACAUGAUUUUCAAAUUGAUUCUUCGACAGUUUAAAAAGGCACAAAUUCAUGAACGUUUGAAUUGAAAAUGUUCUUUAUUGAUAUUAUUUUUAUUGGACUCGAUUUAUACCACUUUUUAGUGAGUAAGAAAAUACAAGAUAGCAUCAACCGGUGACCCUGCAAAGACUAUGAACAGUCGAUGUCUACCAAACCUACAUUUUGAAUGAGCAUUUAGUAUUACAAAUUACUUUUAAAAAUAUUAUUGUCCUAGCCUUACUUAUGACAAAAGCGCUCGCAUCCGAAAAAUAAUGUUUAUGGAAAAGUGAGCUUUAGGGCGUCAUCUGUAGACAUAAUUUACAAUGACAACCAGAGUAGGUGUGAGUUAAAUUGUUGCCAAUAUAAACUAUAUCUAAAGUGGAAGCUUUAAAGCUCACAUUUAAAUGUACAUAAUUUACACACAGUAAGUACAUACUUUAUGGGACAGGUAGCUUUGACCCAACGUAAUAGAUAGUACCUAAUUUGGUAUUGUCGAAAAAAUAAUAUUUCUCGUCUUUUCAGAGGAUAUAAUGUUUGAAUAGUAACUUUGAUUAGUAAACUUGUUUGUAAUGCGUUUUGUUAGUGUUUGUACAGAAUUUUUAAUGAUAAUGAUGUCUCGAACACCUAAAGGCAUGUGCACACCAACUGUAUAAAGCGUAUGCGUGCGAGAUAUUUGUAUAAAAUUACAAUUCCAUACAAAAUAACUUGUCAAGUGUGUGUUAGAUUACGCAGUCGGUGUGUGCCGGCCUUAAAUGUCUUUUGUUGGGGUGAAAUUGAGCAUUCAUUUAGUUAGUAAUUUGAUUAUGACGUUGCAAGUAGAUGUUUAGAAAAUAACUCUGUUAGUUUUUAUUUCUGUCUUGUAGUAAUUUGGCUAGCUUUAUACUUUUAAAUCGUAAAGCUGUGUUUACAUUAAGGGUCAUGGUUUUUCAAGCUCUUUUUUUCUAGUAGUUGUGAUGAAAAUUAUUUUUGAAAAUGAAAUGAAAGGAACAUUUUCCUAUGUUCGUGAAAAAAUUUGUGUUAUAAAAUGUCGCUUCAGUGUAAACUCAGCUUAAUAUCAGUUUUCAAUCACCCGAAUAUUCCAAAGUAUUUUUAACUCCUUGAACAUCUCAAUUGUAUUGACAGAAAAUGGAUGCUUAAAAUUACUUUCGAUUAUUUGUGGGUGCUUCAAAUGUAACAAUACAUGGUGCCUAUCGGCCCUUUGCCUCCACUUUUUAUAUACUCGAAUAUUUUUAUACAACAGCUGUGUCGUUGUGUACCAUUUAGCGUAGAUUUGUACUCGGGAACUAAGUAUUCUACACAUUUGACAGUUCAUACUCAUGGACUUAGAUUUUUAAAUAUAAGUAGUUUCCAGUUUAGCGUUAAAUCUUUCUUUUUCUUCCACCAUUUGCCAAAAUUAUAUUUGACUUUAAUAAUUUUUGAAUGUAAUGAAAUUGAUUUAUUUUUGUGUACCUCAAAAGGUAAUUUUUUUUUCCAAAGUGACGCUGUUUCGAGAUUCGAAACCGCAAAUGCAACAGACAAUAAUGUAGCUGUUUUCUUUUUUGUUAUUUUCUAUAUUUGAUAGAUAUUUCUUUUUUUUUAUUAGGUAUAUUUCUAAUCUAGCAAGACAAUGCUAAGAAACAAAACAAAAUAUCAAGUACAUGAGUUUGGACGUAUUACUGAAUAUUUGAAUACAAUUUUUAUUAGUUAGCUAGGAAAAUACUGCAUGGCAGGAUUUUCACAAAAAUACAGUGCAAUAGGUCAGAAACGGUUCCUUCUUUCAUUUUGUGAGUUAAAUUUUGUUCUAUGUAGAGGCAGAUUAGAAUAAUAAAAAUCUAAUGAUAAUAAUGAAGUGAGACAAACAUGAUGUUAAUCCACUCAAUCAUGAGCCUGUUUUUUUUCAAAUAAGUUUAUACUUUACUUCUUUUAUGAUUUCGUUGAACGUGUAAUGAAAAACUCAUUUUCAGAAAGAAAAAUGUUUAUUUUCCUGGGUUGGAUUGCAGAAUUAUUCAACCGUUCCAUUUACAAAAGUAUUAUAAUGUGUCUACCAAGAAAGUACUAGUAAAUUUGUUAGUAAUAUUAUAAGUUACCACAUAGGAAAACUUAUUGAAUUCUGCAAUUUACGACUUGGAGCGAUAUUUUUGACUUUGUGUUAUGCCGAAGAAAAGGAAUAGAAUAUUAAGGUAGGUACAUUAACCAAACUACCUAAAACCUGUCAAAAAAUCGUCAUAGAACGAUAAAAAUAUACGAAAUAUAUCACAUAAAACCUGUCAUUCGACAUAGAAUGAUAAUAAAAUACAUGAUUGUCGAUGGAAACAUAAUUCAACUCCUACGCAAUUUCGGUGAGUCACAAUCUCAAAAAUAGUGCUCCUGAUCGCUAAAUAAAUGUUAUAAAAGCUACGAAUAAAUAAACAUAGAAUUCUAACAACGCUAAAAAAUGGUUCCAUGGUAUAGAUAUGGUGGGCGUCGCGUAACAAAUAUUAUAACCGCGGCCCAGCGCCAGACGAGUAGUGUUAAUCGUGCGAUAUUUUUGUGUAAUUACAUCGUAAAAAGUACAAAUAUGCCAUCGUGUGUGGUAAAGUGGUGUAGAAACCAUUCUGACAUGAAAGGCAAUGGAAUUACAUUUCUUAAGUUAUAAAUCUAUUUGACGAAUCUCGGAAUGUGUUAUGCAACAUACACCCGUGAUUUUAUAACAGUAUGGAGACUCAACGCGAGUUACGUAAAUGAAAUAUUGUUACAUUAAUAUAGAUUUAAAUUUGGAGGAUGAUAAUAAGCAUUAUUAAGCAUUAGUAGUUAUAAAUGAUUUCAUUGCUACCGUUUCCGUACAAUUCAGAAGGAAAAAUGGUUGUCUGCGGUUCGUUGGGUAUAGAGUUGCCACCUUUUUUCCGAAGAACAUAUACAGUCUGUCAAGAAAGUGAAAAAACUGAUUUUUGACGCACUACAUUUUUUGGCAUUGCAACAUCAAAUAGAAAGGUCAAGAUUGGUUGAUAAACACCCAGUUGCCAGCCAAAAGAAGACAGCGGCUCAUUUAGUUUCUUCACUUUCUUGACAGACUGUACUUUAUCAAAAUUUGUUGGUUCUUUGUUUCAUUUCAUAAUUUCCUGUUGGUUUUAUGAAAAUGUAUUUAUUUUCGUUGUAAAUAACAUUUAAUGAAAAAUCAAUAUACAAAUUUAUUUUAGUGUUUAUAUCAUAUCAUAUCACCAUCCAAACAACGUUCGGCUUAUGCAUGGGCACAAGAGUAGGGAAGCGGCGGAAUUCCUGUGCGCAUGUGCGGGUCUUGAAACUUCCAAUCGCGUGCAAUUAUUUCUUGUUGUAAUUGCUGCUCAUUUGUGUGCAUUGUGGUGCCAAAAUAGAAGCGCUCAUUGUAUGAUAGUUACAUUUCCACGUUUAUUUAUUCGUAGCAUAAAAGUGAUUGUGAUUUGUGAUUCUUACUUCCGUUAUUUCUAUGUACUAGUAUCGGUCAAAUAAAGGUGUGGCCUUAUAUUUGUAUUUCAAACGUUAUCAAACAGCAAUAGUAAAGUAACAGGAACAACAAAAUAUAUUAAGUCCAUCGAAAUAAGUGUAUUAGAGUUAGAAAAUUAAGUGUAAAUGUGCGGAGCGCGCGAAUGUUUGAGAUUUUGUUGAUUUUACUUUAAGUUUACACGAAUUUAGUGACUAUGCAAUUAGUAAGCGUUCAAUACAUAUGUCAAGAAGGCUCUGUUCAAUGUAAUUCAAACUAAUAACAUUGUUUUAUUUUUAAGUCAGAACAAUUUAUUUUUAUGCCAGAGCAAUUUCUUUUUUUAGAACGCAAGACGAAUAUGAAAAUAUCAAAUGUUGUAUAAGAUUAUUUUUAUCUUCUGUAAUUAAAAAUUGUCACGGCAGCAAUAUUUCUAUGAUAAGCAGUUAUAUUUAUCCAAGAUUAUCCAAGGAUUGUGAACGAACUGAUAAUCUCGUUAAGUUAAAGUUUACACUGCGGUGGCCUAACCCAUGUACUUACUAAGUGCAUAGCUACUAAGUUAUUGUAAACUUUGCUUUACGGCAAAUUGUACAUAGUAAAUUAUAUUCCUUUAUUUGACAUUCGAUAGUUUAUGUUACGAUUCGUUUUCGUUACGAUUAUGGAUUGAGAAUUAGUACUUUCAAGAAUAUCUAUUAAUUUUGAUUGUAUUGUUGAAGAUGUACAUACAAAUGGACUGCAAACCGUGAUAGUACUUAAUGUAUAGGUAUCAAAGUCUUGAGUAUUGCUAGCUGUCCAGAGAUGCAGGUCUAUCAUAAUUUUUGACAUCGAAGGUGGUUGCACACCAAAUGCGUAGCGAUAUGUGUUUAUUGUAUGGAAUCCUUGCUGGUGUAGCGUACGCAUGCACGUAUGCGUUACAAUUCCAUAAAAACCCUCCUUAAAUGUAGACCUUUAAUUAGAUUUCUAUAUCUUUAUCGUAGUAUAAAGUGAAAUGUUAUUUUGUACCUUCACAGUCUAGUCAUUAUGUUGAUGUUCAAUGAAAUUAUUCCCUAUUAAGUUGUAAUAGUGUAUAAUUUUGCUUGACGGCAAUUUUGUUUAGAUCUAUUUCAUUGCAAAAAUUGACAGCUAGAUAUAGUUUGUUUACACAAAGUUUGUGAUAGACCUGUGUGCGUGUAACUUUAUCGACAUUGUUUUAGUGAUUUUGAAACUUCUAGUGAAUGAACAUUUGGAAGCAAUUCUACAAAUAUUGUAACUAGUAAUUGAAGGCAUAGUGGGAUCGAAUGAGAAAUAUUUUUAAGGCGUGUAACGAAGGCGAUAUUGUGUUGAAUCUGUGAAUCGCUCACUGUACAAAACAAUAUAGUGAAUCUUUUACACAA